AUGUCAUACAAUUAAUAGAGACAAUAAUAAGCAUAAAAAUUAGAGAAUUCAAGAACUUUGCUUUAAUUUACCAAUGCAGUAAUUGUAAAAUGGAGAAUAAUUAUAUUAGGAAUUACAAAAUGAAAUUAAAGUUUAUUACGGAAUGUUGGAAAGAAAUGAAGAAAUCAGUUCUGAUAAAUAUAAAUAAACAACUUUUAAAUUUUUAAAAUUUGAAAAGGAAAUGAAUAUAUAAAUAGAAGAGAUUGUUUCUAAAAUAAUUAGCUAGAAAGCAAGAAAAUGA